CCACCAGCCACUGAACUAUGAAUGCUGAUCACAAUGAUCUCCUCCCUCCAGUGCCAGACAAUGAGAGAUCCUAGGCUGAGGGGGGUUCUGUCCCGCCCCCUCUUCGUGCUGUUGUUGGCCCUCCAGAUCCUGGCAGUGGCCGGCCUGGUGCGCGCCCAGACCUGCCCCUCUGUCUGCUCCUGCAGCAACCAGUUCAGCAAGGUGAUCUGCACCCGCCGGAGCCUGCGCGACGUCCCCGACGGCAUCUCCACCAACACGCGUUACCUGAACCUGCAGGACAACCUCAUCCAGGUGAUCAAGGUGGACAGCUUCAAGCACCUGCGGCACCUGGAGAUCCUGCAGCUGAGCAAGAACCACAUUCGCAACAUCGAGAUCGGCGCCUUCAACGGCCUGGCCAGUCUCAACACCCUGGAGCUGUUCGACAACCGCCUCACCACCAUCCCCAACGGCGCCUUCGAGUACCUCUCCAAGCUCAAGGAGCUGUGGCUGAGGAACAACCCCAUCGAGAGCAUCCCGUCGUACGCCUUCAACCGGGUCCCAUCGCUGCGAAGACUGGACCUGGGAGAGCUCAAGCGGCUCUCCUACAUCUCCGACGGAGCCUUCCAGGACCUCAGCAACCUACGCUACCUGAACCUGGGCAUGUGCAACCUCAAGGAGAUCCCCAACAUCCUACCCUUGGUCAGACUGGAGGAGUUGGAGAUGUCAGGAAACCAGAUCUCUGUCAUAGGGCCUGGCUCUUUCGCAGGGCUGGCAAACUUGCAGAAGCUGUGGAUGAUGCACGCUCAGAUCCAGACCAUUGAGAGGAACUCCUUCGACGACCUCCAGUCCCUGGUGGAGCUCAACCUGGCCCACAACAACCUCACCCUGCUGCCCCACGACCUCUUCACCCCCCUGCACCGCCUGGAGAGAGUCCAUCUGCACCAUAACCCCUGGAACUGUAACUGUGACAUCCUGUGGCUUAGCUGGUGGCUGAAGGAGACGGUGCCUGCCAACACCAGCUGCUGUGCCCGCUGCCACACCCCAGCCAGCUACAGGGGUCGCUACAUCGGCGAGCUGGAGCACGGCUACUUCCAGUGCGACGUGCCCGUCAUCGUGGAGCCGCCGGCGGACCGCAACGUCACAGAGGGCAUGGCGGCGGAGCUCAAGUGCAGGACGAGCUCGUUGACCGCGGUCAGCUGGCUCACCCCCAACGGGUCGCUGGUGACCCACGGGGCGUACAAGGUGCGCCUGGCCGUCCUCAACGACGGGACGUUGAACUUCACUACCGUCACCAUGCAGGACACAGGGACUUACACCUGCAUGGUGAGCAACACGGCAGGCAACAUCUCCGCCUCGGCCGUGCUCAACGUCACCUCGGUGGAGAACAGCGGCGUCACCUACUUCACCACAGUCACCGUGGAGACCACAGAGACAGUAGAUGACAGCCAGACUCCUGCUCUUCCCCCGAUUGGCUGGGUAUCAUCUUCAACCACCAGGGGGCCUCUGGUCCAGACCAGGACCACAGAGCGGACCUACACCGUCUCUGUUCUGGACCUGGACGGGGAGGGGGACCGCGGCCUGGAGGAGGUGAUGAAGACCACCAAGAUCAUCAUCGGCUGCUUCGUGGCCAUCACGCUCAUGGCCGCCGUCUUGCUGGUCAUUUUCUACAAGAUGAGGAAGCAGAACCACCAGCAGGACCCCGACGGCCCCGCCUCCUCCAUGGAGGUCAUCACAGUGGAGGAGGAGCUAGCCGGGGUCGCUGCCAUGGAGACACACUUACACCUGCCCCCAUUGGAGCAUUACAACCAUUACAACACUUACAGGAGCACCUACCACCACUCCCACACACAGGAACCUUUACUGAUUCAAGCCAGCUCAAAAGACAAUGUGCAAGAGACCCAAAUUUGAUUCAGAUUCGUUAGAGGAAUCCGAUAUCAGCUAUCUCAUACAGGAAGUAUCAUGGACAGAAUGGUAAGGAUUAGUGUGGGGAUGACUUGACACUGACUUGACUGAUGAUGUUAAGGAUCAAAUGUAUCAACAUCUUUGAAAAUGGGUGUGCUAUUUCAAAAAGUGUCUUUACAAAACAGAAAUUAUUUAUUUAAAAAAUAUAUGUCUAGUUGCUAAAUCAAGAAAAACAAAUCUGAAUGAGCUUUUUAGCUCCUUUUUUAUUUAACCUCUGUGUGAUGUUGGGGGAAGAAUGGUUCACUGCAAACUCAUCUACUCAAAUUAAUUCUCUAUAUUCAAUCCAUGUUCGGACCCUUUCCAAAUAUGAGUGCACCAACGGAAUAGAAUAACACAGAUUUAAUUUGAUGAUAGGGCUAAUUCAGAUGAAAAUAUAAUACUGCCUUGUUUGAUCAUAUUUAUUUGUUUUUGAAGGUCAUUAUAAUAUCCCAGAUGCCCUGGUGUUUCCUUAUUCCUUUGGAUAUAUUCACAGCCCUCGCAGCAUAUUAGCACAGCUACAUAAAUAAAACAGAUGAAGACGGAGGAUACUCAUAUUAUAUCAUACUCUUCCUGCCACUCAAAUUAGAUGAGAUACAGAUGUUGCCAUGACUUGGCUGUUAAUGAAAUGAGCAAUGAGGCCAACAUGCCUCAGGAACCAGACGGCCAAAUGACUGAACUUGCAUUUUCCCGGCUCCUAAACAACAACUAUACAUCCUUCACUUAAAUUAAGAUGAAGAUCUCUCUCCCCCCUCCCUCCCGUCUUCCUUUCUCCUAUCACACUCUCUCUCUCCUCUCAUGCUCUCUUUCUCCUCU